UUCUGAAUGUCGGUUUAGUGAGCUCAUGCACGAGCUCAUCAACGUAAGGAUCUGUCGCGGUAGUACAUCCAAAAAUGGCGUUCCUUGCGUAGCCGUAACCCAUCGUCGUCAUUAUCGUCAUCGUUCUCAUUGUUGUCGUUGUCAUUAUCGUAAUUGUUUUUGGGUCGUUAUUGUUGUUAUUGCCGCCGCCUUCGCCCAACUUGAUGUUUAUCAACGUCGUCACUAUCCGUUAGUGUUUGCUGAAUUACCUGGUGGAGUCGCAAGGCGCCAGUUUGAGGAAAAGUCUAACUAGAAAUACGAAAAUGCAGUCGACUGAACAACUACGACCGGAUCAAUUAGUGGGCUUGGUGGCCCGUUCGGCCGAAGGUACAGCGGCCAAAGGAAUGCCGAUCAAAGGGCACGAGGACCUUUGGGUGGAGAUCCAGGCUAACACCUUCCGAAACUGGGUGAACGAACAUUUGAAACACGCUGGUGAUGUAGGCGGUGGGCCCGUUCUGGAUCUCGCCGAGGAUUUUAGAGAUGGUACGCGUCUUUGUGCUCUGGUCGAAGUUCUUACGCAACGCCGUCUAUCGCGAUGGAAUCCGAAGCCGGCGAAUCAACAUCACCAUCUAGAGAACGUGUCAACGGCAUUGCAGGCCAUCGAAGCUGAUGGUGUUAAACUUGUCAAUAUUGGUAACGUGGACAUAGUAAACGGCAAUCUAAAGUUGAUCUUGGGCUUGAUAUGGUCCCUCAUCGUGCGAUAUCAAAUAGGCAAAUCCAAGUUCCCGCCAAGGAAACUCAUGCUCUCAUGGCUCAAGGCUGUCCUACCGGAAUGUAGAGUGAACAAUUUUACGACCGACUGGAACUCUGGCGUAUACUUGAGCGCACUUUUGGACUACUGCAAACCUGGUCUAUUCCCGUAUUGGCGGCAGCUCGAUCCAAAUGACAGUGUUUACAACUGUCGCAAAGCUAUGGAGAUAUCGAAACGAGAGUUCGAUAUUCCGAUGGUAUUGGAGCCAGAGUACCUCGCGUCACCUUAUUUGGACGAACUCUCGGGGAUGACCUACUUGUCAUAUUUCAUGAAGGAAGGUUCGCCAGGCUUCCAUGCAACGCUACGAUGGGUCAAUUCGCAAUUAUUACAUACCUCUAUACGGAACUUCACGACUGACUGGAACGACGGUAGAACGCUGUGCGAAAUUAUUCGAAACUUGGGCGGUUCAGCGCCGCCCUAUGAAAAACUCGGUACGAACCCCGCUGCCUGGGAACAUAAUUUGCAAAUGGGUAUCGAUGGCGGUAAAAAAUUAGGUGUAGAACCGAUUCUGAAAGCGAAAGACAUGGCGGAUCAGAAUGUAGAGCAUUUAGGUGUGAUGGCGUACGCGGCGUAUUUUCAGUGGGUGAAGCCUCGUCCUCAAGCAAGCCAACAGAUUGCUGUACACAUCGAUAGCACAUCUGCCCGAAUACAACAACCGGCACAUUUCAAAUUGGAAAUGCUCACCAAAGAUGUGAACGUAAGGGAUGUGCGCGGCGAAAUUAUUAGUCCCAGUGGGCGUGUGGAGUGCAGACUUACGUGGAAUGGAAUUCAUGGCAAAGGCACUUUCAUACCUACGGAAGUUGGCAUGCACAAGCUGAUGGUGUACAACGACGACGAGCUAGUGAAUGGGUGUCCAUAUUACUUCAGGGUUUUGCCACGUCUAACGAAAAUUAGAUCCCCGGGCAUGGAUCCUUGCGCCAUAGAAUCUAUUGUUGAAGUUCUAGUCAACAGUUACGAAUCUGAUCUUCUACAUUUAGGAACUAGUCAUGAUGGUAUUGACGUGACCGCGUGGUCUCCAACUGGUAGAUCUCUACCGUGUCCCGUCAAGGAAAAAGAUAGCGUGCACACGGCGACUUUUCAGCCUGACGAGACGGGAGAGUGGAGCAUCGCGAUAACGCACAAGGGAAAUCAUAUACAAGGUGGACCCUUCACUUGCUUCGUCUUCGAUCCUAAUGGUAUCAAGCUCUUGGACACUGACGGCGCCAUACCGGGACAACCAUUUUACUUCACCAUCGAUGCACGAGGAACUGGUGGUCUGGGCGACGUAAUUAUCGACAUUGUCCAUGAUAAGCAAUCGCUGACCCAUAGGAUGGAAGACUUUGGUCAUAUGCAGUACCGAGUAUCUUUCGUACCUAAGAAUGCCGGUAAAUAUCGGGUGUAUGUAUACUUCAAUGGUUCGGACGUACGCGGUUCACCAUUCUCCAUACGAGUCGGCACGCAGAAAGGAUCCCGGAGAUCGAAGGAAUCUACGUCCAGCUUGGAGCGAUCCAAAGUAUCAUCGCUGGAACGACGAAUGAAUGACUUGAACAUCUCCGCGACCGAACAGGCCAGUCCGACCCAGAAGAUGUACACGUCGACCGUAUAUAAAUCCAUUAGCCCAAUGCAACGUAGCUACUCACCCAUCCAUCAGGCCAACUCCGCCUACAAAACAUCGAGCAGUAAUUACGCAACUGAGAAUACCAUCGCUUCGACGUACCACAACACUCGUUCGCCAAAUCACUUGAGCUCUCACAGCCCCGUGCAGAGGAACAUGCAUAGUCCAGCGAUACUUAAAGAGACAAAUGAGAUUUAUAAUAGCGUGUACAACCAUCGCUCAAGAUCGCCAAAUCAACAGAGCCCUCUCGAUUUCAUGAAAGAAUCCAAGGAUAUAUAUUCGUCCGACGUGUUAAACAGUUCGCGAUCACCGGACCUAAACUCGAGCGCACACGUCAUUAAGGAAUCUAAGGACAUCUAUAAUUCGGGAUCUCUGAAGAGAUCACGCUCACCUAUUCACAGUCCGAUGGCGUAUCACAGCGUUACGCAGAACCCGGGCAAUCGCAGUUUCAGUCCAAGAAAUGGCGAUGAUUGGGAUGUUUCAACGUCCAAUAGGCGCAUAUUCGUGGACAACAGUGUUGUAGAUACCAGUAGCAACGUACGAGUUUCAUCAAUGAUCAGCGGCACUUCCAGGCGUGACUCAUGGGACGCGAUUGCCAAAACGAAAUCAUUGUUGUCAUAUGGCAGCCUGGAGUCUUUAGCAAAUCUGACCAACACGGAGAAUCGCGUUGGCAGCCCGAGCAGCAGGGCUCUCAACAACAAUUAUAAGAAUGCACAAAGCUAUCCUGUGAAGAAUGUUUCGUCACACGAGUCUACGUCUAUCAAUUACUCGUCUACGCAGAAAUCAUUAAAUUCCGAUUACGGUACCGCGAAGAAGAAUAAUAAUAAUGAUUUAGCAAGCCAGACGCCUGCUCGUUAUACCCACGGCAUUUUAAAGAAUAAGAACAACAAUUAUGGGAGGGGCAUCGACGUGACGGAUACCGCAACGCGCGACAGAUAUCUGAACAAUAAUAGUCCUGCCUAUGUGUCAACGUCGAUAUCAUCAAUCGACAAGAGUGGCUCGAUUGUCGCCACCGGAAGCGCAUUGGAGACGCUGUCGGUGCACCGGCCGACUAUUUUCAGCAUCAAUUCCGAUGUAGACCCGGACAUGGUUUCCGUCACCGUCACUGGUCCUACUGGCAAAACUGUGCCAUUACAGAGGUCAAAGCUGCGAGGUCUGACAUAUAGCAUCACUGCCGAGGAAAUCGGUGAGCACAUCAUCCAGGUUCUGGCGAAUGGUCAACACAUCAAGGGAUCACCUUUCAGAUCUCAAGCAUAUAAUGCCCGAGCUAUGCAAGUUGGCAACAUCCCAAAUGGAAUAGUAAAUGAACCGGUGGAAUUUGAAAUUGAUGGAUCGAAAGCUGGCUCGGGAAAUUUGGAGAUCCUUGUAAACGGAGGACACGUCACGAGUUUUGUAAGAGCGCUAGGUAAUCAGCGUUUCUUAGCAUCGUUCGUACCACACGAAGCGGUUACGCACUUGGUCGAGAUGACAUUCAACGGAGAGAUCAUCCCUGGAUCACCUUGGCGAGUUGGCAUCAUGCCUGUACCCAAGAUGUCAGUGAUCGGUGAUUCCAUCAGAUUGGUUCCUGCCGGCAGUCCUGCUGUCUUUGAAUUGUCAGCGUUAGGUUUCAACAUUAGUGAGAUCGAUGUUCAAAUCAUAACACCUUCAAAGAAGCACAUUCCUGCAAAAAUUGACGAGGAAUUGGGUCGAUCUGGCGAGUUCCGUGUUGAAUUCACACCAACCGAAGUGGGCAGUCACCUCGUGGAAGUGAGCAUUGCAGGACAAAAGCUACCGGCAGGACCUCUUGUCGCCAAAGUAUACAAUAGCAGUCUGAUCCAAGUUACUGACGUACCUAGCGCCGUAGUUGGUCAUGCUUGUCAGUUUAGAGUGGAUGCCAGCGCUGCUGGAGAAGGCCAACUAGAGAUUUCCAUAAACGAAGGAGAAGUACCGAAUCAUGUGCAAGUAGUAGGUGGUGGUCGUUGUCUCGUGUCUUUUACUCCCGAAGUCGCUAAACCUCAUUACAUUGACAUAAAAUUCAACGGAGAAGCAGUACGCGGAUGUCCCUUUGUCUGCAACGUGUCCGAUACGAGCAGAGUUACACUCGGCUUGAAUCACUUGGAAUUAAUACCAGUUGAUGAGCCUGCCAGCUUUCAUAUGGGAGUUGACGGAAGCGGCAGUGCAGAACUCGCGGUUUCUGUAAGAGGACCGAAUAGUGAAUUGCCAGUUAAAGUUACUGGUGACAUAAGCAGCGGUUUUACCGCAGAGUUUAUACCGAGGGACGUGGGUGUACAUUCAAUUAGCGUGGAAUACAAUGGCUAUCCUGUAAAUGGCACGCCGUUUUUAGCCAAGGCGUUCAACGCGGAUAAAGUGCUGAUCGGGUCUGUAGCUCGAGGCAGCGUCGGCCAACCAAUCCAUUUUACUGUCGACGCGAGUCAAGCCGGUGAAGGAAAUUUAGAGAUCACGAUAUCGGCUCGCGGUCAAAAUAUACCAACGCAAGUAACACCACAGGGAAAUGCACGAUUUUCCGUCAGUUUCGUACCGUUUGAAGCGUGCGAGCACGUUAUCAAUAUAGCCUUUAAUAAGAAAACCGUGCCAGGAUGUCCUAUAAUGACACGAGUCGGUGGUGAUAGCCACGUAACUGUGAGUGGCCAGGCAUUGAGCAGCGCUGGAUUAGGACGGCAAAGUUAUCUGACCGUCAGUAACGUUGCCGGUAGCUUGGAGGAUUUAGAAGUUAAUGUUGAAGGGCCCAACGGACAGGCCGUACCUGCUCAAGUCACUGACAACAAAGAUACUACAUGCAGCGUGGCGUUUACGCCGAGAGUCGUCGGUGAACACCGAAUAUCGGUGAGUCACCGGAACGUUCCGGUAGUUGGCAGUCCAUUCAGUUGCAAGGUAUAUGAUGUCGCCGCGAUAAAGGUGAAGGAUGCUAAGCGAGGUGUCAUCGGGAUGCCGGUAACUUUCUUGGUGGAGACUAGUCAAGCAGGACCAGGAAAUUUAGAAGUCACCGUAAAUGGUGGACGGGUACCAACAUCGGCACAGGCGCAGGGUCCCCACACGUACGCGAUCUCGUUCACACCCCGCGAAUCAAUUGUGCAUACCGUGGACUUGCGAUUCAAUGGAGAAGACGUGCCUGGAAGUCCAUUUAGCUGUCAGGUUAGUGAUACGGCGAAAGUGCUGAUAACCGAGGGACUCGAGAAAGUUUCGGUGAAUCGUAUCGCGACCUUCACGAUAGAGGCUGAUGCAUCUCUUGGCAUGCCCGUUGUCGAAGUGCUCUCACCAACUAGAGAGAGUUUGCCUGUACACGUUAAGCAAAAUAGUCACGGCACCUAUACAGCUGGUUUUACUCCGAAGGAUGUCGGCGAUCACAGCGUCGAAGUAAAGCUCAAUGGAUCACACGUGGAAGGUAGCCCGUUUCUCGUCAAAGCUUAUAAUGCCGAUAAAGUCAAGGUGACGGAUAUAAAUAGCGGAGUUGUCGGAAAAUCAGUAUUCUUCAGCAUUAACGCCAGUCAAGCUGGAGCAGGAAAUCUGGAAAUUAUAGUCGCGGUGAAUGGCAAGAACGUACCGAAUUACGUACAGAGCGAGGGCAACGCAAAAUUCAGAGUGAAUUUCAAACCGCAAGAAGCUGCGGUGCACAGCCUCAGCGUUCGCUUCAAUGGAGAACCGGUACCAGGUUCACCAUUUAGCUGUAAGGUGAUAGGCGCGGGUCAAGCGACGGUUUCUGGCCACAAUUUGAAGAUGGGUGCUGUAAAACGGGUGAUAUCGUUUACCGUGGACCCGCAAACUUCGUCCACGAAUUGCGAUAUCAUCGUGACUCCACCAUCGGGAAUCGCUUUGCCCAUCACGAUCGAGCCCAUCGACGGCAAAUACAAUGUGAACUUUAUGCCGACGGAAGUUGGCAGACACAAUAUCAGCGUUCUAGUGGACGGUGAACCGAUCAAAGGCUCUCCGUUCGCUUGUAACAUUUAUGAUGUAACUAAAGUACACGUGUCUGGUCUUACGGAAGCGUUGCUGGGCCAGGCAACCACGUUUACCGUCGACGCUGCGGAAGCUGGUGAAGGAACGCUCGAGCUGGUAGUAAGCACGGAGAACAACACCGUUAAAGCCGAGGUCGUAGCUUGCGCUCGUGGAUUGUACGACGUCACGUUCGUACCACAAAUAACGAGUGCGCACUAUGUUAAUAUCAGUUUUAAUGACGACAACGUGCCAGGAAGUCCCUUUAAAUGUCCCGUUGUUAGUGGCAUGUUGCAUAAUCCGUUGAUGGUUCGAGUGGGCAACACAGCUUACAUAGAUCUGGAUAUGUCUGAUUUGAGCGGGCCUGUAGCAGCAGAAGUUACUGGUCCGGAUGGAAUAAUUAUUCCAUGCACGUUAACAAAACUGUCUUCCAGUUUAUAUCGCGUGGAAAUUCGAACACGACAAGUGGGAACGUAUAGUAUAAUAUUUAAUGAUGGACAUAAAUUAGUUAAUUCGCAGACUCUUCAAACUUUCGAUCCCAGCAAAAUUUGUAUGAAGGAAAUAGCGGACGCGGUUUGUCAUCGACCUGGAACUAUUUUUGUCAUCGUACCGAAAGAGGCUGGUCCCGGAAAGUUAUCGGUUAACGUACGCGCUGGUGGCGCGGACGUAGAUAGCUUAGUGAGGGAGGGAGAGAAAGGUGUCUAUGAAAUCGUGUUUCAUCCCACGCGUGCCGCACCUCACAGAGUUCACAUAAAAUACAAUGAAGUCCACAUUCCUGGGAGUCCAUUGGAUGUGACGGUACGUGGACCAACCGGAGGACGGGAAGUGACAGCAACGGGAUUAGGUCUAUAUCAGUCGUGUGUCGGGAAAGUGACGUCUUUUACAAUCGAAACACUUGGACGUCCCGGUAAAGAAUUCGACGUUGUCAUUAGCGGGCCACAGGGUAACGCCGUACCUGUACGUUGUUACCAGCAUCGUGAUGGCAAUCUGCUCGCUGAAUUUACAACAAAUAACAUUGGCACAUACAAAAUCGACGUAUUGCAUGGAGCGAAGCCGGUAUUGGGCUCACCGUUUUUCUGCCAAGCGUUUGAUGCCUCCAAAGUGAAACUUCAAGAGCUGGGUCCCACGACAAUUUCAGUUCAUGAUCACAUCGCAUUCAAAUUAAUGAAAGCUGAUGCUGGCAUAGCUGAUCUGGAUGUAAUAGCGACGAGUCCAUCGAGUCAGGAAAUCCCAUUGCAAGUGACUCCACUCAACGACGGUGCGGAAAUGAUUGAGUUUUCGCCCAGCGUGCCCGGCACUUACAUGAUCAACGUCACUUAUGGAGGUUGUUUAAUACCUGGAAGCCCUCUGGUAUGCACCGUUGACGCAGCCGGACAGGCUCGUGCAAAGGGUGAAGGUUUGCUAAGUGGUCAUGUGGGUAAACCAGCGCACUUUAUCGUCACUGGCACAAGAAGUCCCCCUGCGAUUCAGGUGGAUGGGCCGGACAGCGUUUCUAAGGCUACUAUUGAAGCUGGUGUUAAUCCAGCUACAUGGAACGUAUCCUACGUGCCAACUGAAGUCGGAGUAUUUGAUGUGAGAGUCGUCUGUGCUGGACAACAGCUGCCUGGAUCUCCGUGGCACCCGAAGAUCAUUGAUACGCGAAAUCUUCGUGUCAUCGGAGGCUGGUCCGCUGUAUGUGAUGAUAUUGGCCGGUUAAAGCUGCAUCCUUCGAAUAAGAUUAGCUUUGAUAUCGCGGACGCUGGACCCGGCGAAAUCAAUGGAACUGUUGGCGAUCACCCUCUCAUCUUCGAAAUGACAUCUAACAACAAACUGAGACUCAUCUCUCCGCAGAUUAGCAGUGGCGAACACCGCCUGGAGAUAUUAUUUAAUGGUACACCGUUUCCAGGCGCACCGAAACUCGCAGUUGUGCAAGACUUGGAGCUACCGACACAGGAUACAAGUCGAGUCCUAUUGAAAGGACGGGGAUUGACAUCGGCCAAGUGCGGUGAGGAGGUCAGUUUUACUAUUGACGGUUCUCAAGCUGGUAACGGAAUCCCAAAGGUGCAACUGUUUUCGCCUACCAACGAGCUUAAUGUUUUAUUGCAGCAUCUAGGCGACAGCGUUUAUCGUGCAAGCUAUAUACCACUGACACCGGAUCCGCUUUUGAUGACCGUAUCAUGGAACGGAAGGCAAUUAAAGGGCUGUCCUUUGCAAAUCAAUGUCACAAGCGCGGCUGAUGCUUCGAGAGUUGUCUGUUCCGGAGAUGGUCUAAAGCAUGGUAUUGUUGGGCAAGAGAUUCGAAGUUUUAUCGAUACCAGAAGAGCUGGGCCAGGCGAGUUAACGGCGCACUGUGUUGGGCCACACAAAGUAGCGUAUUGCGAGCUGUACGAUCACGGUGAUGCUACUUUCACAUUAAAUGUCAAGCCUCAGGAAGCGGGACGGCAUGCAUUAACAAUUAAAUACGCUGGCGAACAUGUACCUGGUUCUCCAUUUACAUUACGCGUCUCUGGAGCUCCAGAUGCUUCAAAGGUUCGCGUUUACGGGCCAGGGAUCGAGCACGGUGUAUUGGCGACUUUCCAGUCGCGAUUUAUUUGCGACACACGAGGUGCUGGCGCUGGCCAGCUUACGGUAAGAGUACGUGGUCCUAAAGGGGCGUUCAGAGUGGAAAUGCAACGGGAAACUCAAAAAGACCGAAUCAUUCUCUGUCGAUACGACCCAACAGAACCCGGGGACUAUAGAGUCGAGGUUCGUUGGGCCGGUGUUCUGGUACCGGGUUCCCCGUUUCCCGUCAAAAUUGUUGAUACGCAGGAUGAAUUGCUAAUGCUUACACAGGGUGGAGAUAAUUAUUCGACGGGCCAUCAUACUAUCACAUCGUGGCGUGGAUCACAAGCUAUACUGUAAAAACGCUGCAGUUAAAAUUGUUAUUAUUUUCUAUGUACUAAUAUAUUCAAAAAAAAUAUGGUAUUGUAACUCAUACUAACGUUUUUAAUAAACUCAAUAUUUCAC